AAACCGUCAAGAAAGUCUUCCUCAAAUCAUAUCACACUUCUGAGUGCCCGUCAUGUUUCCUAGUGGUAUUUGGAUGUGGCAGCUUAAUUUCAGAUCCAGAUCCAGAGUCAGAGUGGCACAUGAUCACUUCCGGUCGAAUUGACGCACGCACGCACUGCUUCUCGAGCUAGUUUUGAACUAGUUUUUGUGGAUUUCUGUGGAUUUCGGACCAGAACCAACGAAGGACGCUAGUGUUAAACUAGCUAGCGGGUCGUCACGGCAACGCUACAAGAGCGUCUCUCAGCAUGGGCCCGAAAAAAGUUCUGUCAGCCGAGGAAGGCGACGAUAUUAAGAAGUCGCUGGAGUUUAUGACAGAGGAGAUUUCUGCUGUCAAACUGCAGAUGAAAGCCAUCCUGGACCUGGUCGAGGAAGUUAAGGCUCUCCGCAUCCAGAACGCCGAGAAGGAUCGGCGGCUGGCGUACCUGGAGAACAGAGUGGCGGAUUUGGAGCAGUACACCCGAAUAAACGAUGUCAUCAUCACGGGGCUUCGCAUCAAACCCCGGUCAUACGCCCGGGCGGUCGCCGCUGACAAUGUAGGAGGGCCAGGAGAGGAAGAUGUCAACUCCACGGAGCUUCAAGUGGUUACCUUUCUACGGUCCAAAGGUGUGGAAGUGGAUUAUAACAACAUUGAGGCUUGCCAUCCUCUACCCCGAAAAAAUGACAGUGACAAACCAGCCAUCAUUGUGAGAUUUGCUAACAGAAAACACAAAACAGCACUGUUAAAACAAGGGAAGAAACUGAAAGGAUCCGAUGUCUUCAUGAAUGAACAUCUGACAAAAAGAAAUGCGGACAUUGCCAGGAAAGCACGUUACUUGAAGAAACAGGGAAAAAUUCAAAAUACAUGGACCACCAACUGUAAAGUAUUCAUUAAACUCAAUGGAACACCGGAACAAGCCAAAGUGUUGGUCAUCAGAAAUAUGGAGGAGCUGGACAAAUACUGAGGUUCAACUUACACUGGAGGUGGAGAGAAGGUGUAAAACAUGGAGCUGGAGGUAGGAUGGAUUUGGGGGUCUUUCUCACUGACAUAUUCAGAAUUCAAGACGGCACUUAACCAACAUCUUAAAGAGACAAACCAUGCCAUGUGGUUUCUGCUUUGUACCUCAACAGGAAAACAAGCAAAAAUCCCACCUCUGCCUCUGUAAGACCUGCCUGACCAAGAAGUACCAGACUACCAGGCCUUUACAAUCACUGACUUAAAACUAACUGGGAUGGUUUGGAGCUGAGUGUAAAGAACGAGAAUGAAAAUCAGGACCUCCAAGUCCGAGGCCAUGGUCCUCAGCCAGAAAUGGGUGGAGUGAACACUUCAAGUCAAAAGCAAGUUGGUUCCCCAAAAGGAGGAGUUUAAGUAUCUCAGGGGUGUUGGGAACGAGUGAAGGCAGUGGUACAAAUGACAGACAGCUCAGUGCCACAUCUGCAGUGAUGAAGAUGCAGCACUGGGUCUGUUGUGUUGUUGAGAGAGAGAGAGUCGAGCAGGACAGUAAAACUGGUGAUUUCUACGUUUUCUACUUUCAGCUUCUUCCUACCCUUACAAGCUCUGGGUAGUGCGUGAGAUUGGUGAUACAAGCAGCAGAAAUGAGCUUCCUCCAAAAAGUGGCUGGGCUCUUAGUGAUAGGAUGGAGAGGAGAGCUUUUACUUCUCUACACUGAAAGGAGAAGGUUGUGAUGGUUUGGGGAUCUGACUAGGAUGCCUUGUGGAUGCUCCCUGGGUGUUCUGACCAUGUCCUACAAGGAAGAGGCCCCUUGCAGAUCCCAGACACGCUGGAAAGAUUACCUUUGUCACCUUGCUUGGGAACAUCUUGUUGCCCCCUCCCCCCGGCUGGCAGGGUGAUCUGGACUCAGAUGAGUGACAGAUGGAUGGAUGAACUUCAAAGACUAUAACAUUAUUUUUUAAACAGUUUGAGGAUUUUCAUAUUUUAGAAAAUUCAAAUGUGUUAUUCAAUUAUUUUGAUCUUUUUACUCUAUAAUGCAAAAUAUGGAGGAAAAAAACAGUGGAAAGUCCUAUAAUAAAUAGAUGUGUUGAAACCUUUCACUGGUGCUGUAUUUGAGGAAUGUUUUUCAAGAUUUUCAUCCUUAGAUCAAACCAAUGAAGCACAGUGCCACAGGCAAACACACAGAUGUCAGGAAGAUGAAAACACAUCUUUGGCUUGGUUCUUUUCAUGGGAUUUCUUUACAGUAAGAAAAUAUUGAAUAACACCAGUUUUCUCCCCAGAAAUUCAUUUUUAUAUAUUUAAAUAAUAACUAAAAUUAUGAAAUAAAAUAAUAAUUAAAACUUAAAUGACCCAGGUUUUUGACAUCAAUCUAUACUUUUCCCCCAGAUCUGGCCUGGCCCACUGCAAAAGCCUUUGAAACAACAGACUGACUUGAUGCCCACUUUCAUUACUGGACCACAACACAAUAUUGGCUUCUUUGUUUUGUUUCAUUUUUUUAUAACCAGAAACAUAGAAGCUGGAUGACAGCAACAGACACACAUUAAAACACAUUAAGUACACAUUUGUGUUUAAUGUGUGU